AUGGACGCUAUUAAUCCCUUCGUCUUCGGCAUGACCACCCCCAAGGUCUUGUUCGGACUGGGCACUGUCAAUGAAUUACUCAGCGAACUCAAGUCCCGCAAACUUUCAAAACCUCUCAUCAUCUGCUCCCCGUCUCGGACUUCUCUGGCCAAAACGAUUCAGGAUAACUUGAGAGAAGGGGGAUUCUCAGACUCUGAUAUCCUCGACACUGCCAUUGUCCAUAACCCGAGCGAUAUCAUCGGUCCCGCGGUUGACCGAGCACAGGGCCGCGAUGUUCUCGUAUCAGUCGGAGGCGGCAGUGCCGUCGGUCUAGGGAAGGCAAUCGCUCUUCGCACCAACAUGCCCCAAGUGGCUAUUCCGACAACCUACUCAGGCUCCGAGAUGACACCCAUCAUUGGAGAGACAAAAGAUGGCAAGAAGACGUCAACAACGGACCCCAAGAUCUUACCCAAGGUAGUCAUCUACGACGUCAGCCUGACCAUGGAUCUGCCGGUCAAAGUCAGCGGUCCGAGUGGUCUCAACGCCAUGGCACACUCCUGUAGGCCACUUGUACCAAGUGUCAACCUCAAGCUGGAACUGACGUAUGAUCCAGUGGAAGCAUUGUACUCCCGCCAAGCUAGCCCGCUGACGGACCAUUUUGCUCUAGAGUCCAUCAGGGCACUGUCGAGCGCCCUACCCGUACUCGUGUCAGACCCUUUCUCGGUUGAGGCACGCACCUCGGCUCUGUACGGCGCAUUCUUGGCUGGCUUGUUGGCAGCAGCAACCGGUAUUGCCCUGCAGCAUAAGCUGGCUCACGCGGCCGGCGGCACUCUGAACCUCCCUCAUGCGGAGACACACUCCAUCUUCCUGCCCCAUAGUAUGGCGUUCAACGCUCACGCCUUUCCCGAGGCCACUAUAACCAAGCUCUCCUCCGCCCUUGCGCAGAGUACUGAGAACUCCACUGCAGGUAUAGUAGCCGGUCUGAAUCAGUUACUUCGAAUAUUGAAUAUACCCACGGGCCUCAAGGAGAUUGGUAUGCAGGAGAAAGACAUUGAUCGUGUUGCUGACGUUGCAUCCGAUGAGCCAUACUGGAACCCCCGUCCUCUGGAGAAAGCUGCGAUACGUGAAAUCAUCCGUAGAGCGUGGGCAGGGGAGCAGGCAAAGACUGAUCUUUGA